CCAAGUCAAGUUCUUUUAUCUCUUUGGCUUACAAGAGACAUUUAACAACAAAUCGGUCUAUUUUAUCUUGUCUCUUAUCACAUACCUUCUCAUCAUCACUGUGAAUCUGACUCUGAUCAUAACAAUCAUUCAGGAGAAAGGUCUCCAUGAGCCCAUGUAUAUCUUUCUGUGUAGUCUAUGUGUCAAUGGAUUGUAUGGAACUGCUGGUUUCUACCCCAAGUUUUUACUGGACCUUCAGUCAGAUGUUCAGGUGAUAUCUUAUGGUGGAUGUUUGACUCAAGCCUAUGUAAUAUACACAUCUGUCAUGUGUGAAAUGUCUACUCUAACAGUGAUGUCUUACGACAGGUAUGUGGCAAUAUCACUCAUAGUAGUUAUUUUAGCCGUCAGAAUUCCUUUGUGUGGAUCUCGCAUUGAUAAAAUCUUCUGUGACAUUCCGUCUAUACUGAAACAUGCAUUGACCCUGUUUGACAAUUUGCAAGGGUGGAAUCAUGUAAAUAUUACUCUAAAUAUGCGUAAUGCAAUGGCUGUACAAUUCCUUGUUAUACCACCUAUGUUAAACCCUGUCAUAUAUGGAUUUAACCUCCAGCAGAUUCGAAGGGCAGUUUUUAGAAAGUGUAAUGCACAUAAAAUCAUUGAUAUGAGAUGCUAG